CGGCCUUACAGUAGGUUCGGGAUAAAUUAUGCGGUGUGUUUGCGAAAAAACCGGUUUCAAGGUCGUGUGCGAUUUUUUUCGUGCCAGGUUAUAAUCAGGAAGUACGAUCGCAUCUAUUCGAUGGUUGCGCUUUCAGUAAAUUUAGGAGCUUUUCAAAAUGAGUGCCGCGCAGCAAUAUUGUUUGCGUUGGAACAAUCAUCGUUCAAAUUUAUUAACAGUGUUUGACGAACUUCUGCAAAAUGAAGCCUUUACGGACGUAACUUUGGCAUGUGAAGGAGGUGGCCCUAUUAAGUGUCAUAGGAUGGUUUUGGCAGCAUGUUCUCCUUAUUUUCAAAAUAUAUUUACCGAUUUGCCUUGCAAACACCCUGUAGUGGUGUUAAAAGACGUUAAGUAUUGUGAAAUUAAAGCCAUAUUAGAGUACAUGUACAGAGGAGAAGUAAAUGUUGCUCAGGAUCAGUUAGCUGCUUUACUUAAGGUGGCUGAAGCCCUUAAAGUAAAAGGUCUCGUAGAAGAAAAUAGGAAUAGAGACAGAGAGGAUGAUCACUUAGAACAUUCACCUUCUAUAACCACAUCCAAUUCUGUUAUGCAAAAUGCAGUUCACAGUAGCAGUAAUAACUCGCCUCCCCAUUCGACUAAUUCGAUCUACAAGAAUCCAUACAGUAUAUACAGCAACAAAUCCAACUCUGAACAUUCUCCUAGAAUGCCCAAUAUUCCUCUUUGGGCUGUACCCGGACUACCAUUACCUCCCCAUUCAUCCUCAGUACCUUCUUCGAGCCAUCCUCACGCUGCAACUGCAGCUGCUGCCAUGCUGAGCGGUUGCUAUGAAGUAGCUUCUUCUGAUAUGUCACCUUUAAAAAGAAAGAAGCUUUCAAGUUUACUGAUGAACAGAGACACCCCCAUACUUAGAACGGUUUUGGGUCAGGGAAACGCUGAUUCCUCUCAACCUGUUAGCUUGGUUUGCCAUCCUGAUAGCAACGAACACCAUACUAACGGCAAUGAUGACCGUGAAAGAAUUAAGCACAUGAAAAAUGAACCAUCUGAAGAUGCUCAAUCGCCUUACACCGAUUUUACUCAUAUGAGUGAAGAAGAAGAAAAAUCCAAACUUGCAGUUCCGUCAUCCUCGCCACAGUCAUUUACACAUGAAAUGAGAGGAGUUUCUACUGGUAUUGCAACAUACGUGCCCACGCAAAAACCAGAAUGGAAGAGAUACAAACAAUAUACGAGAAACGAUAUAAUGUCUGCAAUUGAAGCAGUACGCAAUGGAAUGUCCGCCUUACAAGCUGCGAGAAAGUAUGGUGUUCCUUCAAGAACUCUGUAUGAUAAGGUUAAGAAGCUGGGCAUAACUACUAGUAGACCUUUCAAAAGGGGUUCCAAUGGAAGUUCAGCAUGUUUCCCGUAUAGUACUGGCUCUCCUUAUGGUGGACACAUGUCCGAAAGCGAUGAGGGAAUGAUGAACAACAACUCUGCCUUGUUGGAAGCUAGUACUUUCUUGCAACACGCUUUAGAUUCUAGAGGCGGAGACGAAAGAGAAGCGUUAGCUGCAAUGGCUGCUGCGGCUGCUGCCCAUGCUGUAGCAUCAGGAAACUCUACAAGUCCGAAUAAUUACGGAAGAGCUCGAUCUCCAAGUCCUAGUCCAACUAUGAUGAAGUAUCGUCAAAGUAGUUUGACGCCAUCCCCGGCACCAGGGAGCGAUCAUCAUCACAGCGAAACUAACGGAAGCUCCGAAAGAGAUCACGAAGAAGAUGAUCAGGUGGAAGAUCUUUCAACAAAAAGAAAACAAGAAACAAGGGUAAUAAUGCCCCCUAUAAACCAAGUAUCAGCUAUAAUUAAAAAAGAAGAGAUGCUUAUGGAAAUCAUUAAAGAUGAAGCGCGGCGAGAGGUAAGCCUAGAGGAGGCCGAUUAAAUAUAUAAUUAAUUUAAAGUAAUUCAAAUGAACUGCUGACAUAGUUUUAAUACCGGUGUUAAGUUUUAUCCUAUAUAUUUUAUAUUUUACAUUGAAAUUCGAAUGCAUCUUGACUGAUCAGUGCAAUAUCUAAACUGUGGUCCUUCACCCACCCGUACUCAAACAUAGUUUUAAGGUUUUUAUAGUUUUUAAGAUGACCAUUUUCGAGUGCCUAUCAAUUAUGUACAUAAACAAAAGCGUCUAUUUCUUUUUAAUAAAUCAACAUUUUCCCAAUUUUUUUAUCCACAGAUUAAUUAACACAUUUAAUUAAGUAAUGUUCAACUUUUUAAUUUUAAUUAAGUACAUAUGAAAAACGCGUUUAUUGUAUAAAUGACCAAGCUCACAGUAGUUUGCUACAAGUUCCUUAUGCGCAAGG